UGGUUUUAUUCCUCUCCGGUGCACUUUCAGCUCCAUCACCAGACGAUGCAGCCCGGUAACUUCUAACAAUGCUGCGCUGGAACCGCAGCAAAAAUGACAAGGCCUGAGCAGCAAGGGUAAUUUUCACAGGUAAUGGAUCGAGUGUGACAAGUGCAAGAUCAACCCACCCAGCCUGCCUGUCUAACACUGUAGCUAUGGCAACCUGUACAAGAGGCUGUGCACCAGCUGUGCGCUUUUGUCAGAGACUGAACCGUCUCAAGACACUAGAUGGUGACAUGAUGGCAACCUCCCUGAAACGUUGUCUCUCCACCCUGGACCUGACUCUGAUGGGUGUGGGUGGCAUGGUAGGCUCUGGCCUUUACGUCCUGACAGGAACAGUGGCUAAAGACAAGGCCGGGCCAGCAGUCAUUAUAUCAUUCCUUUUUGCUGGUUUUGCUUCGUUACUGGCUGCCUUUUGUUAUGCAGAGUUUGGAGCACGCAUUCCCAAAACAGGCUCUGCCUACAUGUUCACUUACGUCUCUGUGGGAGAGGUCUGGGCCUUUCUCAUUGGCUGGAAUGUGAUUCUGGAGAACAUGAUUGGCGGUGCUGCUGUGGCACGGGCCUGGAGUGGGUAUUUAGACUCCAUUUUUAACCAUGCUAUCCAGAACUUUACAGAGACACAUAUCAUGCAGUGGAACGUGCCCUUCCUUGCCCAUUACCCUGACCUACUUGCAGCAGGAAUUCUUGUCAUUGCUUCGGUCUUUAUUUCCUUUGGAGUUCAAGUGUCCUCUUAUCUAAACCAUAUAUUUUCCACUGUUAGCAUGGGUGUCAUUGUUUUCAUCCUUGUCUUUGGAUUCAUGUUGGCUGAACCAGCCAACUGGAGCCAGGAGCAAGGAGGCUUUGCACCUUAUGGGUUGUCUGGAAUACUCGCAGGCUCAGCGACGUGCUUCUACGCGUUUGUGGGCUUUGAUGUAAUUGCUUCCUCAAGUGAAGAGGCAAAGAAUCCACAGAAAGCCAUUCCUGUUGCCACUGCUAUCUCCCUAGGACUUGCAGCAACAGCCUAUGUCCUGGUUUCCACAGUGCUCACACUAAUGGUGCCCUGGCGAACGCUGGAUCCCAACUCAGCUCUAGCAGAUGCUUUUUUUCGACGUGGUUAUAGUUGGGCUGGAGUUGUUGUGGCUGUAGGUUCCAUCUGUGCAAUGAACACUGUGCUACUCUGCAAUCUUUUCUCCCUACCACGGAUUGUGUAUGCCAUGGCAGAAGAUGGAUUGUUCUUCUCCAUUUUCGCGAGGGUCAAUCCCCUUACCAAAGUUCCUGUCAAUGCUAUUCUGGUGUUUGGAAUUCUCAUGGCCAUCUUGGCUCUGAUCUUUGACCUGGAAGCCUUGGUUCAGUUCUUGUCUAUCGGCACUCUCCUGGCAUACACCUUCGUAGCAGCAAGUGUUAUUGUGCUGCGCUUCCAGCCUGAGAAAACCAGUUCUAAGGGCACCGCUUCAACAUCUCCUAAUCCCAACGCUGAGCCUUCUCCUGGCCCCUCUGAGUCUCAGACCAUAACCGAAGACAGUGAGGAGCCCAAGCAAUAUGAGUCCUUUUCAGACAAACUCCAGUUGGUGGAGAGGCAGAAGACAAGAGAACGACGUGGGGUGGGACAAUUGAAAGCCUACUGGGAGCCUUACCUGGACAAGCUGUUGGGGGACUGUGAGCCGGGCGAAGUGGUGGCCUUUGGCGUGAUGACUCUGAUUGUGAGCUCAGUAUCCCUCUGUGCUGUGUUGGAAUUUGGAAACACACAGCUGCAGCUGCCGCUGUGGAGCUUCACAAUGCUACUGGUGAUCUUCAGCUUAGCUUACAUUAUCAGCUUGGUGCUUAUAUGGGUUCAUGAGCCACAAAAAAACACCACAACAUUCCAGGUACCUCUGGUUCCACUGACUCCAGGUGCCAGUAUCCUCAUAAAUGUGUUCCUCAUGAUGAAGCUCAGCCUGCUAACCUGGAUUCGAUUCACCGUGUGGAUUGCUAUAGGUCUUCUUGUGUAUUUUGGCUAUGGGAUCUGGCACAGUAAGGAAGCUAUGCGAGAGUUGGAACCCAAAGACAUGGCUGCCCGGUACGUGGUGCUACCCAGCGGCAGCCUGGUGGAGACGGUGCAAUCCGUUCAGCCCGAUGGUCAAAUGGAAACCUCAGCGCACCACAUCAGCUCAUCCACUACCCCGACAGCUGAGGAUUGUGGUGGAAAGAGAUGAUGUGUUACCGGUGGGAGUCGUCAUUAUUACUGCCUGAUGUUAUCUGUUGUGUCCCACGCAUACUGUAUUACUACUAGUGUACUUUCUGUAUCUCACUCCUGUUGCUCUGCUAAAGUAUGUACACCACAGGAUGAGAUGCUCUCUGUCGUAUUGUGAAGCACAUUUGUAUAUCUUGUUAUAUUAAAAUUUAAAGUAGAGAGCUUUAUUAAUGUCCUAUAAACUAGCAUCGAGGUCCUACACAACCAGCUCUUCUCUUACAAGCUUGCCACUUUUUCAGAAUCCACAUGGUUGUAGGAUGUAUAUGGUGCUUUAUUUCUUACAAACAGUGGAGGAUUGUUCUUUCAUUUAUUUAUUUUUCACACACAAGCACAGUCCUUGAGCUUGUAGAGAAAUUAAUAACUUUUUUGUUAGAAAACCAACAUAAUUUUUGGAAGAUAUUUUAAGAAAAAUAAUUUAUUAGAUGCAUCUUUUGUUUUGUUAAGUUAAGCAGAGGACUGCAGAUUUGUCAGUUUACAUUUUUGCCUUUUCUCAAAUUGCUCUCCCUUAUGCCACAGAAGAAACAGUAGGCUUUAAUAUCUGAUUCCAUCUCACUUAUCUCCUCCUUGUGGUACUUCUAGACUUUCUUAAAUAUGCCACUUUCUGGCAAAGUAUUUAAUCCUAUAUUAUAAGAUAAUGUAUUUAUUUAUUUUUUCUAUUAUUACCACUCAUAUUUUCUUUUGUUGUCAAUGUUGUGUUUCUUGUGUUACCAUUUCUGUGUAAUAUGUUUUAUAUACAGCGCUACUGUCUUUUUCAGCCGUUUGUGUUCACCUUUAACUGACUGAGUAUUAAUGAGUUCCCCUCUUAAUCUCAUAAAUCUCACUCCAUGACCCUGCUUUUUUUUUUUUUUUUUUUGGCUCAUCUUGAGCAGUUUUUUUUCUUCGUGCAUUUUUAGACUGCAGUUUUCCCCUAAUACCCUUUUAGCAUGAGAUUAUACAUCAAACACUGAUGCUGAUUACAGCUGAUUCCCUGAGAAACUAGAGAAAUAAUUAGAUAAAUGAGCACAUAGACAAACACAAAGCUAUUGAAUGGUAGUCUUAACACACAGAAAUUGGCCAGCAGGCACUUGUUUUGUUAAACCUGGGAUCUGCCUUAUCUGUCUGAGGCCUCCAUAAUCCCAACAGAUUUGUGACAGUCCCUGUCACCAGUCUGCUGGUUGACCUAGAUUAAAGGAAUCCACAUGUGUGAAAACAUUCCCCCAUAAUAUGGAGAAACAUUCCUUCAGUCUGCACUUGUGUAAAUAAUUUAAGUCAAAUUUGGCAUUUUUUAUAUCACAUAUUGUAGAGCACUUAAAAGAUGUCAGUUCUGUUUUUAUUUAUCUCUGUUUUAUAAUAAUAAUAACAAUAAUAAUAUCAUUAUUAUUAUUAUUAUUAUUAUCAUUAUUUGCAUGUUACAUUAGAAACCAAUGGCCUUAAACAUGUUAUUAAUACAGACUGAUCUCCAAAGCCAGUCUGGUUUGGUUGAUUCAUUUAUCUGCCUGUUAGACAAAAACCCUUAUCCAGAACUUUAUCCUCUUGAAUUGUCAAACCAAAAAAAAAAAAAAAAAAAAGAAGAAAAAUCCAAAUAUGGAAGA